CUUCUCUUUAUAAUACAAAAGGUAACACCAACUUGAUAAAGUCUUUCUUUUUUUUGGGGCAAAUACUUGAUGAUUUAAAGUCAAAGCGAUGUUUUACAUUAAUAUAUAUAUAACGCUGGUCUUGUAAUAAAGUAGAAGAUUACAAAGAAGAAACAGAGAGAAGAGAUCAUGAAGAGAAAGAGAUACGAGAUGGAGAAGAAGAAGAAGACAGAGAUUCAAACCGCCAUUGAAGAGCUCUCUGUUUUCAUCGUAACUAAACCUGCAGAUAAGACUGAGGCUACACAUAUACCCUUGAGGCCUAUUCUCUCCUUCUGCAGCUUAAUCAUCCAAGUUCUUGAUAAGAUAGGACCGACAAUGGCUGUUCUUAGACAAGACAUUGAUCAAAAUAUUCAGAGAUUAGAGAAAUUUUAUGAAACAGAUUCCUGUGUUUACUCGAAUUUGGCUGAGAUUCUGAAGAAAGAAAAGGAGGAGGGAACAUCCAAGAUGGUUGCUAGUUGUGGUAGAGCUCUUUUUUGGCUCACUAGGACAAUGGAUUUUACUGCGGGUUUACUACGAUUGUUGUCGAAAGAGAUGUCGUCGAAAAUGGAAGAACUUGUAGAAGAAUGCUACAUGACGACUUUAAAACCGCAUCAUGGAUGGAUCGCGUCUGCUGCUUUCAAAGUAUACACCGUGAUCCCUCUCAUUCUAGCUAUGUCAUACUUACUAACAUCAUUUUCUUGUUAUAUCCCAGCAAACUUAUUUUUUAUUAUUAUGAAAUAGGUAUGAACAUAUAAAUUAAACUUUUCUUGGGAACAUAUAUUACAUGUGUUGAUAUCGUGAGAAUAUGUAAUAAUGAAGGUGUGUUUGAAGCUGGUGCCUGACAACAAGACGUUCAUGGAAGCGAUCGGUGCAAGAGACGAGAGCUAUGAUACCUUAAGAGAAGACAUUGAUACCUUGAGCUCAUUGUUGACACCUAUUCUCAAAGAAAUCUACUUUGUUCUGGAACAAUACGGGUUGAGCAGAUUAAGAUCGAUGUAGGUAAUGGAAUUUAGUGGAUAUUCUCCCAAAUGAUAAUUUUACUUUUAAGAAAAAUGUAUAUAUCUAUGUAUAUAUGUAUAUCAUUGUUGUAAGAUUUAUUUAUUUAAUCAUCCGAAAACCAAAAUGAUUUCUCUUUCUAAAGUUAGAGCUAGAUAUAUGUACAUCUCUGUAUCACGUGUAUAAAGAUGUGAUUUCUUCUGUACAUGUCACGGAUCAUGUCUUAAGCUUUGAAAGGACUAUGCAAAUAUAGAAGUGAAACUGUAAUGCACA